CCCUAGCGAAGACCUGGAAGCAGCACCCUAUAUAACGUUGAUUCGCUCACGAACCCUAAAAAUUCAGAUCCUCAAUUGGGCAGCACCAACAGCUUCGGCGGCGACCCUCACUCUCCGACAACAUUUCCGCGGCAAAAAUGUCUCUGGUGGCGAACGAGGAUUUCCAGCACAUUCUGCGUGUGCUGAACACGAACGUGGACGGCAAGCAGAAGAUAAUGUUUGCUCUUACCUCAAUCAAGGGUAUUGGGAGGAGAUUUGCCAACAUCGUUUGCAAGAAAACCGAUGUUGACAUGAACAAAAGAGCUGGUGAGUUGAGUGCUGCUGAGUUGGAAAAUCUGAUGGCUGUGGUUUAUAACCCUCGGCAAUUCAAGAUCCCAGACUGGUUUUUGAACAGGAAGAAGGAUUACAAGGAUGGAAAGUACUCGCAGGUUGUGUCUAAUGCACUUGACAUGAAGCUGAGGGAUGACUUGGAGAGACUCAAGAAAAUUAGAAACCACCGUGGUUUGAGGCACUACUGGGGCCUUCGUGUCCGUGGUCAGCAUACCAAGACUACUGGCCGCAGGGGGAAAACUGUUGGUGUCUCCAAGAAGCGUUAAGCUGAUAUGUUUUGGCUUGAGAUUAGAUUUUGUUGAGGAGGCAAAUUUCAAGUACAUUAGACAUGUUUUCCAUACCGACUUUGUAUUAGUUGUGAAAUGCGGUGACAAUUUCAAUUUUGUUUGUUAUUUGCGUUAAGCUUCCGUUUAGUUUAAUGUUGGUAUUCUUAGUUGUAGAGAACCUUAAAUAGUAUUUGAUGAAAUUACGUAUUCACUAUGUUCCUCAAAGGAAAAUGUUACUUUUUCGUAUUCAAGUAAUGAUAUUUGGCAAUAAAUUG